AGAGCAGGGCGCGCAGCAGGGCGUGCAGCGCGCGCCACGCCAGGCCCCCCGCGCCGCUCAUGGGGGCGCGCGCGGCGGCGCCAACGGCCGCGCCAACGGCCCCAACGAUUAUCUUCACAGUGCUGCAGAAUCUUUUUGGAAGACAUCCAGCUUUCUCCUCGGCUUUCUGCUGGUGCCGCACACUGCCCUCCCCUGACAUCCGUUCCUUUGGCCGUCAGCACUCUUCUGGUUCUGAGAAGGUCACAGGUGCAAUUCCAAGGGUUUCCAUCUAAAUAGAGAUGCCGGAGGCGAGGAAAUAACUACAUCAGAGCAUGUGAUGAAUGAUCCUGCUUCUGGCAGAGAAGCCGUGUGCAUUCAGCAGCUGACCAUGGCAGCCAUACCACUGCCACUCCAGGGAAUAUCAUCAGUCUCUUCCCUGCGUUCUGACCACUCCCUGCAAGAUUUUCUGGAGCAUGGGCUCUUCUGUAUGAGUCAUGAAAUACUUGGACAUGUUAUGGAUAGGGAAGAAAACACACUCAAAGGCAGAGUCGCAAUCAAGUUGUUCCGGAUAUCAAGCACCCUUAGUUUCAUCAAACCUUCAAAAUCCGAUGCAUGCAAAGUGGUGAUGGAAUUAUCAGCGAGUUUUAAAAUCUCAAGGCCGGAUGGGAGGAAGGACAGAACUGCAACCCAGCGUCUGCUAAACCAAGCAGCAAGAGCAGAAAACCUAUUCCUAAAACAAUGCGUUGAACUGGCAUGUGUAACAAUCUAUGCAGAAAAAUCCUGCCUGACUUGUGCCAUAGUGAUCAGGCAAUCUGAUGGUAAGAAAGCUGAUGAAGAGGCACAGGUGCAUGUGAGUGCAAGACUAACAGGAAUAUGGGAACUACACAAAAAGGUGAAUGACCAUUCCAGGAUCUCUAGUGUGGAAGGAGCACUGCUGGCUCUGUGAGUGGACAUGAAGAACAUAAAUCGCUCUCAACAGUUUUCAUGCAAACUCUCCAUACCUUUCAAUGGGGAUUCCUGUGCAGAGUAGAGUUAACAGAAGUUGGAAGAUCUUUCAGUUUUGCUGCUUUUAUUUCAGAUCUGAAGAAGUGCUCAUGUGACUUUAAAAUUUUGUUGCUGUUGUUGUUGUUUUCCAAAUAUACCAAUUACCCUAAUGAAAAUAAGAUUAUCUUUUUGCACAAAUUUUACCUCAUACAAGAUUUCAGCUUCCACAGUACUGGUGUUCGGGCCUUUUCUUUCUUCACCAAAGUCAGAGGUUAGACAAAAGCACACGUACAAAUGUUAAGAUGUAAUUUUUAUAUGUUUAACGUAAGAUUACCUUUAGAAAAUCAAAUAAAACUAAGGCAACAUUAAAAUUAGAAGAAAAAAUUGCAAAACUAUUUUAGAAGUUUAGAAAUUUCUGAAUUAAGAUAGUUCAUAAAAGCUGAAGGUGGAUCCUUCGUAAUGUGCUUGAUGGUACAAACUGCACAAGCAAAUGUGCAGUCCUACCACAAAGGACACAGGGAAGCCGAGCUCUUACAAUUAGCAUGGUCCUUGCCUUUGGAAAGGAGAUAUUGCAGGAAAAGACCAGUUUAAGACCUGCAGAGGGCAUGGGUAGGAGCUUAGUCCCCGAGGGAUAUCACACUCACACGUAGUUUGGCAACUGGGAGCUGCUAAGUGAUGGCGUAUGCUUGAAAGAAUCCUUGGCAUAUUUAGCUGCCAUAUGCUACCAAGCGCCUGCUAUGGAGUACGUGUGAAUUUAUAAUUAUUUUUUCUGGAGGUUUUUAACUUGGAUUUGGACCAGUUUUCCAUAGGGACAACAAAUGGCAUUUGUCUGCUGCAAAGGUUGCCUUCAAUCAAAUUCUUCUUGCCAGAGUGGAUAGGCCUGCUAAGAGAAACAAUCGUAACGUUUUUAAAAACAUUAUGCUUCCCUUGAUCAUCUGUUGAAAUAAUUUCAACUGCUUUCCAGGAUUGUUUCUUAAACAAAGAGCCUCAGAGUGUUAGACUGUAUUAAGAAUGUCAGCCUAGACACGUUGUAGGCAAAUGAUUUAUAUCUAAUUGAUGUAAGGAUUAUACAUUUAUCAACACCAAUUUUGUGUUUCUUCCUACAAAAUAAACCUGCAAGUAGAGUUUUGCAAAGACAAACAGAAGCCUGUCUGAAAAAGGUGUCUCAAUCUUCUUCAUAAGCCAAGAUUUUUUGUGGAAAUAUUUAUCAUCUGCUUUCACAGUGUGUGGAGAAUAUGCUUUCUAACUCCAGGCAAGUUCAUCUUCAUACACCGGGAACAGCUGCUGAAUGACUUAAAGCAGAUUUUUCCUCCAUACUGUAAGUAGGUAGCUUUCUUUUUCCUCUUCUACACUGGCUACAUAGAG